GCCCCAUUCAUUGCCGCGGCCCGCCGGGCGGGGGUCCCGUGUUUUCGGAGUCAUGGAGGCGCUAAUUCCUGUUAUCAACAAGCUCCAGGAUGUCUUCAAUACUGUGGGCGCCGACAUCAUCCAGUUGCCUCAGAUAGUCGUGGUGGGGACGCAGAGCAGUGGAAAGAGCUCAGUGCUAGAGAGCCUAGUGGGGAGGGACCUGCUUCCCAGAGGCACUGGUAUUGUCACCCGGAGACCUCUCAUUCUGCAGCUAGUCCAUGUUUCACCUGAAGAUCAACGAAAAACAACAGGAGAAGAAAAUGACCCUGCUACAUGGAAAAACUCAAGACACCUUUCUAAAGGAGUUGAAGCAGAGGAGUGGGGUAAAUUUCUUCACACCAAAAAUAAGCUUUACACAGAUUUUGAUGAAAUUCGACAAGAAAUUGAAAAUGAAACGGAGAGAAUUUCAGGAAAUAAUAAGGGAGUAAGCCCUGAACCAAUUCAUCUUAAGAUUUUUUCACCCAACGUUGUCAAUCUGACACUUGUGGAUUUGCCAGGAAUGACCAAGGUGCCUGUAGGUGAUCAACCUAAAGAUAUUGAGCUUCAAAUCAGAGAGCUCAUUCUUCGAUUCAUCAGUAAUCCAAAUUCCAUUAUCCUCGCUGUCACUGCUGCUAAUACAGAUAUGGCAACAUCAGAGGCACUUAAAAUUUCAAGAGAGGUAGAUCCAGAUGGUCGCAGAACUCUAGCUGUAAUCACUAAACUUGAUCUCAUGGAUGCGGGUACUGAUGCCAUGGAUGUAUUAAUGGGAAGGGUUAUACCAGUCAAACUUGGAAUAAUUGGAGUCGUUAACAGGAGUCAACUAGAUAUUAACAAUAAGAAGAGUGUAACCGAUUCAAUCCGUGAUGAAUAUGCUUUCCUUCAAAAGAAAUAUCCAUCUCUGGCUAACAGAAAUGGAACGAAGUAUCUUGCUAGGACUUUAAACAGGUUACUAAUGCAUCACAUCAGAGAUUGCUUACCAGAGUUGAAGACAAGAAUAAAUGUUUUAGCUGCUCAAUAUCAGUCUCUUCUAAAUAGCUAUGGUGAACCUGUAGAUGAUAAAAGUGCUACUUUACUCCAGCUUAUUACCAAAUUUGCCACAGAAUAUUGUAAUACUAUUGAAGGAACUGCAAAAUAUAUUGAAACUUCAGAGCUAUGCGGUGGUGCUAGAAUCUGUUACAUUUUCCAUGAGACUUUUGGGAGAACUUUAGAAUCUGUUGACCCACUAGGUGGCCUUAACACUAUUGACAUAUUGACUGCUAUUAGAAAUGCUACUGGUCCUCGUCCAGCUUUGUUUGUGCCUGAAGUUUCAUUUGAGUUACUGGUCAAGCGGCAGAUCAAACGCCUGGAAGAGCCGAGCCUCCGCUGUGUGGAGCUGGUUCAUGAGGAAAUGCAAAGGAUCAUUCAGCACUGUAGCAAUUACAGUACCCAGGAGCUGUUGCGGUUUCCUAAACUUCAUGAUGCCAUAGUUGAAGUAGUGACUUGUCUUCUUCGUAAACGGUUGCCAGUCACAAAUGAAAUGGUCCAUAACUUAGUGGCAAUUGAAUUGGCUUAUAUCAACACAAAACAUCCAGAUUUUGCUGAUGCUUGUGGGCUAAUGAACAAUAAUAUAGAGGAACAAAGGAGAAACAGGCUAGCAAGAGAAUUGCCUUCAACUGUAUCACGAGAUAAGUCUUCUAAAGUUCCAAGUGCUUUGGCACCUGCCUCCCAGGAGCCCUCCCCUGCUGCUUCUGCUGAGGCUGAUGGCAAGUUAAUUCAGGACAGCAGAAGAGAAACUAAAAAUGUUUUAUCUGGAGGUGGUGGGGUUGGAGAUGCUGUUCAAGAACCAACAACAGGCAACUGGAGAGGAAUGCUGAAAACUUCAAAAGCUGAAGAGUUACUAGCUGAAGAAAAAUCAAAACCAAUUCCAAUUAUGCCAGCUAGUCCACAAAAAGGCCAUGCUGUGAAUCUGCUGGAUGUGCCAGUUCCUGUUGCACGCAAACUUUCUGCCCGCGAGCAGCGAGAUUGUGAAGUUAUUGAACGACUCAUCAAAUCCUAUUUUCUUAUUGUCAGAAAGAAUAUUCAAGACAGUGUGCCAAAGGCAGUAAUGCAUUUUUUGGUUAAUCAUGUGAAAGAUACUCUUCAGAGUGAGUUAGUAGGGCAGCUGUAUAAAUCAUCCUUAUUGGAUGAUCUUCUGACUGAAUCUGAGGACAUGGCACAACGUAGGAAAGAAGCAGCUGAUAUGCUAAAGGCAUUACAAGGAGCAGGUCAAAUUAUUGCUGAAAUCAGAGAGACUCAUCUUUGGUGAAGAGAACUACAUAAUACUGAGACUUUGUUGACUCAAAAAUUACUGCCUAUUUUAUUUAUGAACUUCUGUGUAUUGCAAUGGUAUGAAUUGCUCAUAUGAAGACUGGCUAUACACUGAAAAUUGUACUCUGUAUUACAGAAUGAAAUCACACAAUCCAAAUAAAUGGCUGUUUCUAAAGUUUCCCACUA